UCUAAACAACACACCUCUCAACCCAACUCCUGACACUAUGGCCUGCUGUCAAACCAGCUUCUGUGGAUUUCCCAGCUGCUCCUGUGGGACCUGUGGCCCCAGCUGCUGCCAGACCAGCUGCUGCCAGCCAACCUGCUGCCAGACCAGCUGCUGCCAGCCAACCUGCUGCCAGACCAGCUGCUGCCAGCCAACCUGCUGCCAGACCAGCUGCUGUGGCACCGGCUGUGGCACUGGCUGUGGCCAGGAUGAUGGCUGUGGAGGUGUGAGCUGCCGCACCAGGUGGUGCCGCCCUGACUGCCGCGUGGAGGACACCUGCCUGCCCCCCUGCUGCGUGGUGAGCUGCACCCCCCCAACCUGCUGCCAGCUGCACCAUGCCCAGGCCGCCUGCUGCCGCCCGUCCUACUGUGGACAGUCCUGCUGCCGCCCAGCCUGCUGCUGCUACUGCUGUGAGCCCACCUGCUAAAAGGAAGGCUGCUGAGUACUUACGAAUGAAAGGAGCAACUCGGGAAAAUUGCCUUGAUCUCUGAAGAAGUGUUCGACUUUACUUGGAUGCUAUGUAUCGCGAUGUUUCUAAGUCGCUUAGAAAUGACAAGUCUUAGGCCCCUCUUGGGUGUGCUGAAUUCGCCCAUUGAAAACGUGUAUUUAUCAGUGUCAGAUCAAUGACAGCUCUGUCCUCCUCCCUAUUUCAUGAUCCCCACUCAUUUUCAGACCUGCUUUCUUCUUCAAAACCCCCUUGAUUUAAAAUAAAAUGUUUAAUUGUG